UCAUAUGAGGACCAAAACCCUUUCGAGACAUGCAUGAUGUCUGAGAGACAAACCUUUUACAGUGAAGACGACGAUAAUGUUUAGUCAGCUACAUUUCUUACGUCCCCCUGACAGCACACUGAAGUGUCUGCUUUCCUCCGCUGCCAUGGCUUCCACACCUCCACCUCUCAUGAAGAAGCACAGUCAGACUGAUCUUGUGAGUCGCCUCAAGUCCCGAAAGGUCCUGGGUGUUGGUGGGGAGGAUGAUGAUGGAGAGGUGCACAGGUCAAAGCUGUUUGGACUCUCAUUCGAGCUCUGCUCCCUCAGCCUGGAUUAUGAACACAAAGCCAUCAUUGUGAAACCACCCAGUAUCUCAUUAAUUCUGUGGAAUGGCUUGUACACAGCGGAAAAGGUCAUCAUUCAAUGGACGCUACUUACAGAAGCGUGUUACUUCGGGGUACAAUUUCUAGUGACGUCCAUCACCCUCUUGGACAUGGGCACACUGUCCAACGGUGCAAUCGUUCUUCUUCUCAGUGAAACCUUCUUCCUCUUCAUCACCUUGAGUUACUAUCAUCACCUCGGCCGGCGCACCAAAAAGAUCUGAGGGAGGCCAGCUAUUUGUUAGAUGGGUAGAUUGGCGGCACAGAAUGCUUUGAAUACAGUAGCACCACUGCCUGGACCAAAUGAAUUUACACUUGACUGAAAAUAAACCUCUGUUUGUGGGCAAUUUCCAUUUUAUGUAAGUACAAUAUCUGGGUAUUUACUCUCAUUAGAUACAGAGGGCCACAGAUCAUGACUGUUGUUUUUAUGUUACAUUAUGUUACCUACAGUGGAUAUAAUUAUCUGACAGCUCACUUUUUUGUAAAUGCUUUUUCUGAGAUUUUAUUGUAUGGAGGGUAGAUUUAUGGCACAUUUGUACAUGUCAGAGAAUCCCAAAUGUGUCAAAUUAGUUUGGGAAGAUGACUGUAAUUCAGGUCAUAUUAUGUAAGAGUUUAGUGAACUUUCUGUAUGCCUGUAUGUGGUGUGUUAUUCUAUUACAAGAAUGUAAUUUUAAAAUGGUACUGGUUUUAUUUGUCAGGCACAAUAGACACAGCAUGGCACAGUGUACAACAACAUACUGUAUACUGCAAGACAAAGGGUAAUACAACG